AGUCCUUAGAAUUUUUUCUGAAGCGAUUUCUUGAAAAUUAUCCGGACGCGCAAUGAUGCUCAAAUCUUAGUAGCGCUUACUCGAUAACAGUAACGCACGAUGUUGCCGAUAUUUUCCGGGUUGCUGGCCGGUGCGGUUUGCGUGCUCGCGCCGGAUCACUUGGCUCCGGUUUUGUCGCUGAGUUUCACUGACGUCCACGAUUUGCGGUCGGCUUUCCGCAUCGGCUUCCAGUGGGGCAUCGGGCAUUCGAGCGGCAUCUUGGUGGUGGUCUUCGUCGUGCUGCUGCUUCGCGUCACCGUCACGCACUACAUCUUUGAGGUCUUCGUUUUUUGGUCGCAGGUUUUCGUGGGAAGCACGCUCUUGAGCCUGGGGGUCUACUACUUUUUCCACCAGACGAAGUACCUCUCGACAGAGGAAGGCACACCGGGGGACGGCAAGACCGGAACGGGUGCGAGUUCAUUUUUCUUUUUGCGAGGCAUGAGGCACCAGAGGUUUUUCAUGUUUCCAUCUGGCCUCCCGCCCGAUGAAGAUCGAUCCUAUCGCUAUUGAGUGAAGGGGAGGGAACAAGCAACACUGCUUUCGAUCGCGCCCCUUGACCGCCCGCCGCUCGCAAAAUGAAACCCGCUACGCGCCCUGGCACGCUUAGAUGAAACGUAUCAUGUUGUACAUCACCUAUCGCUCGUUCAUGUGUUGCAAACAUCAUGGGCACUCGUUUUCGAUUUCGCUUUCGCAAUUUAUUACGAACCAAAAAAAAAGAGACAGAGGUAAUGAUCAAUGCAAGAGAAGUCCGUGGUCGUGUACAAAUAUUGUGAUCAGAGCUGCAGGUGCAGCCGGCGUAUACUUGCUAGUUUUUCAGUCGACGAUGGAAGGCUGGUGCACAGUGACGGAUUCUCAUUUCACAAAACAACACAGAUCAUCUGAACUGUGCGUGCUGUGCUUUUCCGGUUUCUGUGAAUAACAGGCCCGGCAAGUUUAACCUGCUGAAGCCCCCGGACCCAGACGAGCUUGAGGAGUGUUGCGAAAUCAUCGACGAAUGCGAGGAGAUUGCGCCCCCGAAACCCCUCUCUUUUGGCCGUCCCCAAGUGUUCGCGCAGCCGGCCUUCAGUGCGGACAAGUAUUACAAACAGAAAAAGGUAACCACAACGGGCCUUAACCCCAGUGUCAGCAACGUCUUCGACCGCGCGCUCGGGGGACUCGGUGGCGGGAACAAGGCAUCUGCGGGAGGGGCGGUGUCUUCGGGAUCUGGGACGGAGGAGAUUCUUGGCACGGAGGAAAUCGUGUCCACAACUGCGUCUGGCACGUCCGGGACAGAAGACGAUCAGGUUGCGCGCACUACAAAAGGGAGCAACAUGAUCAAUUUGCGGCUCGACCGUUUGCCGCGCUCCAGUGACGGAUCCGUGCCGCUGCAAGACUUCACUGCAGCCCGCGGGAAUGAAAAUGACGCGGGCGCGGCGCUCGAGGACGCUCCGGAGGAACACGGGUCAUCUCCGGGGGAUGAGCGAGCGGAACUUCUGCAGCCCGCUGGCGAAGUGAAGAUGUGCGGCUUAACGGUCCUCUUCCCGCCCUGCUGCCUGAUCGGCGUGAACCGCCUGCGGUCGCCGAACUGCACGGGUCGCUUCGAGCUCUUUCCCGCUGUGGUGGCCAACAGCGUGUUCUGCAUUCGGGUGCACCAGCUGCGCACGCGUUUGUUUGGUGGAAAAGCAAGUACAACUUCGGCAGCCGAGGGCGCGCUUGCGCUGGAGGAACAAAUGCAGCUCGACGAGGCGAGCCAGAAGUCGCGGCUGAUGCUAUUUUUGGGAUUUUUGCAGGGCUUUUCCUGUCCCUCCAACCUGAUGUCCUUGCUGUUCGUGGCGAAGCAGCUGAACUGGUUCCAGAUCGCGCUCUUCAUGGCCUCCUACUGCGUGUCCAGCUGCUGUCUCAUGGGCUGCUUUUGCUACGUCCUGAAGGUGUGGCUCUUUCGUGGCGGCACGGAUCUCAUGCAGGACCUGGCAACCGCCACGCACGAAAAAAUCGAUCCCGUGGACGACAAACCCGCAUUUGAGGGGCGGGCGGGGAAUAACAUGAGUCAAGGUGCGUCGUCGCCCAAUGCCGGAAGGGCAGUUCUGCGGGGGGGAACAGGAGCCACAGCCGCGUACUAUGAAUCAUUUACAUUUUCCUCUUCGAUUUCGACUUCAUGAUCAUUUUUUCUCGUUGGUUGUGUCAAUCUGUGCGGAGGUCAUCAGCGAAUGACUGCAGGAUAGAAGGAUGCAUGGUUGGUGUUUGCAAUAACAAUAUCGAUGUGAAUGUAAAUGUUAUAGUCUCUUCUGCUUCUUCACCUCAUGCUCAUGCUGGUGGAUCAUGGCAUCAUGAUUGUGAAACAAAAUCUUCAACCAAACAGAACUUCUGCACCCGGCUCCGUUGAGCAACCUUCUCCAGCCACGCAGAAGCAAGCAAAGGAUGCACGUAAUAAGUUGCAAAUCUACCGUAUCAGCUGUUUUUUCCUGAUUGCGACGGGGAGUUUCUUUUUGGCCGAAAGUCUGUUGGGCUUCGAUGUUUUCGACUACAUUGGCCUGCACGAGCACCACCACGGAGCGCACCACCACGCCGGCCACGAGCACGAGCGGGACGACGCGCUCGACGUAACCGCGGACUCUGCAGAUCAGAGCGACGCGGGCUUAGCGGCCGGGGACUGGGAGGGGUUUCUGGGUGGACAAUCGCCGUCCUUGGAAGUACGUGCGCAUGCAAAUUCUCGUCGCGCGGAGCAGCAGGAACCCGAACCGCGAGAAGAAAUCCCUGGACUUGUGUCCUCCCGCGAGCAAUUUGCUUCCGCCCCAGGCAGAGACGAAAAUCCGGAGGAGCAUGAUCCGGGGCUUCGUUACAGUACCGCGAUACCGAGCGAAGAACAACCACGAGCGGAAAACAACUUCAACAAGCUGUACAAUAGCGACGGUGGUGCAGGCGGAGCAGGAGAGGAAGCGAUAACACCGGCCUCGAUUAUCGCCCAGCUGCGAAGAAAAAGCAAGCGGACGCCGGCGGAAAAGAAGAAGCAACUGCGAACCGAAUUUCCGUACUUGACGCGUUUUUCUGGUGCAAACAGUGAGGGAUCUUCCUCCAAUGUCGGCCACCCGGAGCCUUCCCCGUCCUCCGCACUGGACAUGGACCCGCGCGAUUUUGAGCAGCAGGGUGCCGCCUACGAUCACAACGCAGCAGUGACCAGCCGGGACGACAGCCGGCCAUUCGCACUUCAGAAAGGGAAAACGAGCAGCGCGCACCAUCAUCAACAUCCAAAGCACCUGUCGAAGCGAACGCUGCGAUCUGAGCGAGGACUCGUGUCGUCGUUCACGGAGCUGGGUGCUUUAGACCCUCGCACCGUGACGAGGCCGCUGCUGGACCGGUCGCCAUACCUCCAAGUAGAAGACGCACCGACCGGACGUACUCCCGUGAUGUCGUCCUCGUCGCGAAGUCGAGCAGCGGGCCCGAGCGAGAUCCUUGAGAAGUUGUCAGCGCACCACCGGGGAGGUGGACAACACUCCGAGGACAGCGAAAAAAGUGUUGCACCGGGAAUGCAGCGCAAGUUCAGCGAGAUCUCCGAACUCGGUUUUCCGAACGCCGGUAUCGUCAUUCCUGCUGCAGGGACGACGAGUUCGCCACAUUAGGUCGUGCGCGUUGGUUCAUCUGUGGUUAGCUGUUUGUUAUUACGACGCCGAGUACUUUUUUCAGUGGUAAAGUCGUAGCCGACGCACGGGCCAUGAUUCAUUGCCAAGCAACUCCACAGUUGGUAGACUGACAGUAGUUUCAGCGUCGUGGCGAAGGAAGUUGAGUGUCAAUAUCUGCUCGUGCCAACUGCAAAAGUGGUUCAUCGAAAAAAUACUAUCUAGCUGGCCGCACUACCGUGGUGGCGGUGACAGAUGUAAAAUGAUUGCCACCGACUUAUUACGGUAGCCUGGUUUGCGGUCGUGUGCGUGUCUACCGAAUAGGUGUUGAUGUGCGCUCCGAAACUGUGUGUGCAUCGUGACAAUUGCAGAAAAAUAGCACCAGACUGCUUCGAAUUUUUCGAGCUGGUGCCAUCGAAAACAAGAGGAAAAAAAUGCUACUGAAUGAAUUUUUGAGAAUUACUUUCACUUUGUACAAACGAGACCCUUAUCUGUAGUGCUGUUUCUCGGGAAGGACUUCCUUUUUUUCGAGUGGUUCUUUGUCCUUCCGAGAAUAUAAAUGGUUUCUCUGAGCUUUUUCUUCUACCCAAUAUCUGUAAGUAAAAAUUUCGAGCUGCUCCCUACAUUGACAUUGUGGCCGAAGUCGUGGUGCAAACUUAACACUUAUGUAACAAACCGAUUGUCCUUCUCCACGUUCUCCGCGGCGCCUUGGCCGACGGAAAAAUAUUUUUGGAGACGGAUGCAUCGAAGGCAAAGCUACGAGCUGGAAAAAGCUCUAGCUUUUAACUCAAACUAGGUUGGUUCUGCGCGACGGUGCUUUCUGCUUGUUGAGGUGAUUUUGCUUUGCAUCUGAUGCUAGUCUUGUAGUAUUGCAGUGAAAGUGAAAGACAUUACUUAAUCCGCUGCUGCUGGUCGCUCUUGCUUUUGACAGAGGUACUGCCGUUGCUCUUGUUUUUCUUCACUGCCGCGAAGGAAAAAUGUUG